AUGCUGUUGGCUCCAGAGCAGCAGGAUCCUCUGGCUGCCGUGCCCAGUGUUGAUGAGCCCAGUCUGGGCCUGCUGUCUCUGAGCUUCCCCUACUGGAAGCAGCAGCCCUGGAGCCGCCCCGAGUCCCAGCGGCCGACCCAACCCUGCUCCCAAACGCCCGCGUUGGAUCUCUUGGGUGCUUCAGAAGGCGCUGAUUCGGGUCAGCAGCACUCUUUCCGGGCCCACGAGUCUGCGUCUGGAGAUCCACUGGAGCGCUUCUCCAGCCUGAUGGCGGCGCUGGAGCCUCACUCUCUGCUGCACUCAGGAUCCAGCAGUCCCGUCAACUCAGAGAACAGUGUGAUCUCGUCAGGAUCUGACCACCUGGUCUCUCUCAGAGUCUCUCCUCCGUUGCCCCUGUUGCUGCCCAUACAGCAGGCGGAGGGUGUCAACCUAGACACAGAUGCUCGUUUAGAGCAGAAUCGCCUCAACACCUUUACAAGCGCUCCCAGUGCUCGGGCCGAGGGGUCAAAGGUCGGUUGCUGGUCCACAGGUCCCGUCUGGCCCGGCUGGGAUGCUUUGGGCUUGAACAAACCCACGUUCUGCAUCGAGAGAGAGGCGAAACUACAUAAACAAGCUGCAGCCGUAAAUGAAGCCACUUACACCUGGGAGGGACUUCUUCCUCCACGUCACUACAAAAACCCUGUUUACUCCUGUAAAGUGUUUCUGGGAGGAGUGCCAUGGGACAUCACAGAGGCGAGUCUUUUGAACACAUUCAGUGUUUUUGGUCCAUUGAAAGUCGAGUGGCCUGGGAAAGAUGGUAAACAUCCACGCUGUCCUCCGCAAGAUAAAGCUAUAUUUAUCAAAUCUGAAGCAUCUAAGAACUAA